UGGCUGCGGACCAGCCCUUCAGUUCCAAGGCUGAGCCGCUGCUGAGCUCAGAGACCGUGGCUGGCUCUGGAAAGAUGCUGGGGGGUGUGAUUUUCCAGCUGCUUUCCCGUCACCCUCCAGCUGGCCCCCGCCGCGUGAUUAUCGGCCCCUGCAGAACGCCUGUCCCGCCGCUCCCACUCCCCUCUGCUUUGCUGCCUUUCCUCGGCCUGGCCCCCGGGCCGUCUGGCUGCCUCGCUCUAGACUCUGACCCUGCUCCUCUCGGUUCAGGCUCACGGUUUCCCACACACCCCGUUGGCAGCCGCUGGAUUUCUGGAGCUGGGCAGCUGCCGGUUUCCUUAGUGAUGAGCUCUGUUGCUUGCAGCAGGGGCCUCCUCCCCGUCUCUGGCCCUGCUCCCUCCCGUUCCUGCCAGCUCUCCGCAAGGCGCUGAGCGCGAUAGCGACCCGCAGGCCGGGGCAGCCCUGGCUGAGGCUGAACUUGGCUGGCUCUCUCUGCCACACGCUCAGCCCAGCUCCCUCCCGCCUGCCACCCCAGGCCAUGGCCUGCGCCGGCUCGGCCGUCCUGGAGGGGGACACGGCUGCCUUCGCCGCAGCCGUCAGGAGCCUCAUCAACAACCCGCAGUUCAGCGACGUGACGUUCGUGGUGGGCAGGGAGCGGCAGGAGGUGUUCGCCCAUCGCUGCAUCCUCGCCUGCCGCUGCCAGGCCUUCCAGGGGAUGCUCAGCCAGCCCCAGGCGGGGGCCCAGGAGCCAUGGCCCCCCCAGACCCCAUUGGUCCUCAGCCACGUGCAGCCCGAGGUCUUCUUGGCCGUCCUUGAGUUCCUGUACACCAACAGCGUGACCCUCAACAGCCUCACCGCCCUGGAGGUGCUCACCUCUGCUGUGGAGUACGGGUUGGACGACCUGAGGAAGCUGUGCAUCGACUUCCUCACGGGCGUGCUGAGCGUGGAGCUGGUGUGCGAGGUGCUGCAGGCGGCUGUGACCUACGGACAGACGGAGCUGCAGGAGCACUGCCUGGUGUUCGUGGAGGAUCGCACGCAGGAGGUGGUGCAGACACGGAGUUUCCACGAGCUGUCGGCCGCGGCGCUGGUGGCCGUGCUGCGCAGCGACCGGCUGGCCAUCGACGAGCCAGACCUGAUCCGGGCCGUGCGGGAAUGGGCCCACGUCAGCUCGGCUGUCCUGGAGCGGCCAGUGGCCGAGGUGGCAGCGGGGCCGGUGCGUGAGCUCCGCCUGCCCCUGCUCUCACCCCAUGAGCUGGCAGCCCUGGAGACCAACAACCAGAGGGAUCCGCUCAUCCCGGUCGAGUGCAUCGCCGAGGCCUGGAAGUGCCACGUGCUGAGGAAGGGCAGCGGGGCACCAUCCCGUCUGUGCCAGCGCCGCAGGGGCACCCAGCCCCGGGAGCACCACAGCUACCUCGAGUGAGGAGGCGGCAGCCAGUGGCGGGCGCCGGGCGUCGCCGGGGAGCAGGGAGAGGCUGGUCCCUCGUCUCCGGGAUGAGUGACGGGGCAAAGUGCACUUCCCAGGACGCUGCCGGCCUUGCGCACCCAUCGGGCCAGAGCCGGGGGCAGGCCUGGCCCAUCCCAGCUAGUGCCGGGCCAGGCUCAGGGCUGCCAUUGUCCUGCGUGGGGGGGCAGCGCUGAGACGGCGCCUGCCCACAAUGCUCCCCCUUGCCUGAGUCUGCUGGGAGGGCCAGGUAGGCUGCCCAGCUGGCAUGGCUGGGGGGGGCAGGGCAGGGCUCCCACCCAUCAUCUCCUAUUCAGGCAUGGCCAGAUCAGCUGAGAGCUCCCUGAGCCGACAGCCCCGCUCUCUAGCAGUGGAUUGGGACGGGCCUGGAUUUUCCUGUGGCCCAGACAGGAGGCUGAGUGGGGUGACAUGACAGCCUCCUGUCUGAGCCUGAUCUCGUGUGGAGCUGGGGAAGGUCAGGUUAGUACCUCCCGCAGCCCGGGGCCAGCUACAGCAGCCCAGGGACUGCUCUAAUAUACACCUGGGCUGUAACAAGGGCUACUAGCAGCCCAGACUAGCCAGAGGGCCCAGCCCAGUAGCGUAGCUGGGGGGAGCGGGGGAGCCGCCACUCCCUCACCGAGCACAAGUGGCUCCGGGUGUCUUCAGCGGCACUGAAGCUUCAUCGCCGAAAUGCCACCGAAGACCCGGAGCGAGUGAAGGUCCCGCCGCCGAGGUGCCGCCGAAGACCCGGAGCGAGUGAAGGUCCCGCCGCCAAGGUGCCGCCGAAGACCCGGAGCGAGUGAAGGUCCCGCCGCCGAGGUGCCGCCGAAGACCCGGAGCGAGUGAAGGUCCCGCCGCCGAGGUGCCGCCGAAGACCCGGAGCACCGCCCCGUCAGUAAAAACGCUGCAGCGGGUGGCGCCUCUUCCCUCCACCUGGCUACGCCACUGGCCCAGCCUGGUGGGUGAGCCCCAUCCUGCCUCUCCUGGGGUGCGUGCUGCCCAGGGACCCCCCUGAGCUGGAGGGAGCCCCAGCUUGGGAUGCCAGCUGCUUUCCAGCCCCUUUGUGCCCAGGCCCUGCCUCAGGGCCGACCUCUCCAGCGUGUGCAUGAUCCCGGGCGGGGGUUGGAGGCCCACCAGCCCCAGGGCCACACCACGCCCCUCACCAGGUCGCAGGGCCACCAAAGGAGGGGGCCAGCCCUGGCACAUGCUGGGCCAGGCCUCCGGGGGGUCACGCGGGGCCCUGGGGCUGCCCUGCAGCACUCACAGGAUCAAUAAAACUCCAU